CUGGCCCAGCUCCCCGCGCCCUCCCCGGUAAACGGCCCCCCUCCAGUGCUCGGAAACCUGCAGUGGCAACGGAUGGCUCGCCCGGCCUCCCUGUCUGCAAGCCUUUCUCCUAGAGGCCUGUGCCUCCUUGCGAGCCAUGGGGGACUUGCCGCCCUACCCUGAGUCCCUUCCUCAGCAGCCCCCGAGCCGGAGGAGUUCUCAGGCCUCCGAGAGGCGGCACAGUCGGGGACAAGCUCAGCCCCUGGCAGCCGGCCCCGAGGAGGGGCGGCAGAUGCCUCCAGACGCCCAGCACAACGUCCCGGGCUGGUCACAGAGGCGCAGCCUUUCCCAACAGGAGAGCUUCCUGAUGCCCCAGGCCUUCCAGGCUGAGGAAGCCCGGCUGGGUGGCAUGGAGUACCCAUCCAUGAACUCGGGCUUUCCCUCAGAGCCCCAGCCCCAGCCUUACCCAGAAGAAAGCAGGAACCAGGCUUCCCAGGGCACCACCAGUCUAAUACUACAGCGGCUCCAGCAGGGCCAAGGCGGCCUGUUCCAGCAACUGGACUCCACUUUCCAGGAGCCCCCGGUCAGCCCCUUGAACCAGUUCAACCUCUACCAGACAGACCAGAUCUACGAAGGUGCCCAGCACGGGCCCUACAGAAGGGACGACCCUGCCCUUCAGUUCUCAGGCUCUGAGCUGGGCUUCCUGCAAUACAGCAACGAAGUGCCCGAGCCAGAGCCGCUGGAGCUGGCCGUGCAGAACGCCAAGGCCUACCUGCUGCAGACCAGCAUCAACUGUGACCUCAGCCUGUAUGAGCACCUGGUGAACCUGCUGACCAAGAUCCUGAACCAGCGGCCCGAGGACCCCUUGUCCGUCCUGGAGCCGCUGAACCGCACCACGCAGUGGGAGUGGUUCCACCCCAAGCUGGACACGCUGCGGGACGACCCAGAGAUGCAGCCCACCUACGAGAUGGCAGAGAAGCAGAAGGCGCUGUUCACCCGGGGUGGAGGCGGCGCCGAAGGCGAACAGGAGAUGGAGGAGGAGGUGGGGGAGACGCCAGUGCCCAACAUCAUGGAAACUGCCUUCUACUUCGAGCAGGCUGGCGUGGGCCUGAGUGCCGAUGAGAGCUUCCGCAUUUUCCUGGCCCUGAAGCAGCUGGUGGAGCAGCAGCCCAUCCACACCUGUCGCUUCUGGGGCAAGAUCCUGGGAAUCAACCGCAGCUACCUGGUGGCUGAGGUGGAAUUCCGGGAGGGCGAGGAAGAGGUGGAGGAGGAGGAAGUCGAGGAGGUGAUGGAGGGCGCCGAGAUCCUGGAGGCACACGGCGAGGAGGAGGGCGAGGAGGACGAGGAGAAGGCCGUGGACUUCAUCCCUAAGCCCACGUGGAAGCCGCCACCUGUAAUCCCCAAGGAGGAGAGCCGCUCCGGCGCCAACAAGUAUCUAUACUUUGUGUGCAACGAGCCGGGCCUGCCGUGGACGCGCCUGCCCCACGUCACACCGGCCCAGAUCGUCAAUGCCCGAAAGAUCAAGAAGUUCUUCACAGGCUACCUGGACGCACCGAUUGUCAGCUACCCACCCUUCCCGGGCAACGAGGCCAACUACCUUCGGGCCCAGAUCGCCCGCAUAUCGGCGGCCACACAGAUCAGCCCGCUAGGCUUCUACCAGUUUAGCGAGGAGGAGGGCGACGAGGAGGAGGAAGGUGGUGCUGGGCGCGACUCCUAUGAGGAGAACCCCGACUUCGAGGGCAUACCCGUGCUGGAGCUGAUCGACUCCAUGGCCAACUGGGUACAUCACACACAGCAUAUCCUGCCGCAGGGCCGCUGCACUUGGGUGAACCCUUCGCAGAAGACAGAGGAGGAGGAGGACCUGGGGGAGGAGGAAGAGAAGGCAGAUGAGGGGCCGGAGGAGGUGGAGCAGGAGGUGGGCCCCCCACUGCUAACACCACUUUCAGAAGAUGCAGAAAUCAUGCAUCUGUCACCCUGGACCACGCGCGUGUCCUGCAGCCUCUGCCCACAGUACUCGGUGGCCGUCGUGCGCUCCAACCUCUGGCCCGGGGCCUUUGCCUACGCCAGCGGCAAAAAGUUUGAGAACAUCUACAUCGGCUGGGGUCACAAGUACAGCCCCGAGAACUUCAACCCGGCCCUGCCAGCCCCCAUUCAGCAAGAGUACCCCAGCGGCCCAGCGAUCAUGGAGAUGAGUGACCCCACAGUGGAAGAGGAGCAGGCCUUGAAAGCAGCUCAGGAGCAAGUCCUGGCAGCCACAGAGGAGGAGGAGGAGGGCGAGGAAGAGGAGGAGGGCGAGGAGACAGAUGACUGAGGCCCUCGACACAGCCACUUUCCCCAAGCAGGUAGAUAGCAGAUUUCCCCUUGUCAGUAGUUAGUAUGGAUUAUGUUUUCACUGUCUGCUUCCUGUCCCCAGAGGGCAGGGAUAGAAACAGAAGGCAAUUGCCUCAAAUAAAAUUCCUCCACAGCAUUA